GGAGGAGAGGAGGAGGCGGAGGAGGGACCAGAUCGCCGGUCCUGGAGCUCGAACUGACCGCCGACAGGAUCAGGGACCCGGGGAGCCCCAAACUCACUGAGGUGUCCCCAGACAUGAAGGAACGGAAGGAGGACCUGAAGGUGCUGGAAGAAGAGGGCCAGACUAAAAUCAAGCAGAGAAGGAGCCGGACUAAUUUCACUCUGGAGCAACUAAACGAACUGGAGAGGCUGUUUGAUGAGACCCACUACCCUGAUGCCUUCAUGAGGGAAGAGAGAGCCAGAGGCUGGGACUGUCAGAGGCCAGAGUACAGGUCUGGUUUCAAAACCGAAGAGCGAAAUGCAGGAAGCAGGAAAACCAGCUCCAUAAAGGGGUUCUUAUCGGAGCAGGCAGCCAAUUUGAAGCUUGUCGUGUAGCACCUUAUGUCAACGUGGGCGCUUUGAGGAUGCCAUUUCAGCAGGUUCAGGCACAGCUGCAGCUGGACAGUGCAGUGGCACAUGCUCAUCACCACCUCCACCCUCAUCUGACAGCACAUGCUCCGUAUAUGAUGUUCCCUGCUCCACCCUUUGGUCUUCCACUGGCAACACUAGCAGCAGAAACAGCAACGGCUGCGUCAGUAGUGGCUGCAGCUGCAGCAGCCAAAACAUCCAGCAAGAACUCAAGUAUUGCAGACCUCAGACUGAAAGCCAAAAAGCAUGCAGCUGCCCUGGGGCUGUGA